AUGAGCAGUAAAGUUUCUAGUCAUUCUAAGUCCUUGAAAAAUAAGAUAAACAGUCAAGUAUAUGACUACUUUAGAAAGAGUCUGCAGGUAACAUCAACAAACUUAUCUGAUACGAAUUUACCAUUCCCAUACAAACAUGAGAUGUUAAGUGGUUUGAAUAUAUUUUCAGCAUUGAUAUCUGACCCUGAUAUUAUAAAUGUGCCGAUACCUUUGGAUGUGAUUAUUGGCUACUAUCCUAACAUUUUUGACAAUAUAUACAAGAAUACCAUAAAUAUACUACCUAGACAUGAUACUGGUUUUAGUAUAGACUUGAUGAACAGUGAAGCUUACAACAUAGAUUGGAAUAGAUUAGAUAGAGGAUCUGGAGUAAAUAGAGAUGAUAUAGAUAUUGAAGAUUUAUUACUCGUGGAUAAUGAAUCUAGUAGGAUAUUUAAUCAUAUUGUACAACAUAGAAGAGAAGUGAGUAGUGAAAUAGUGGAAGAGAACAAUGAAUCAUCUUCAGUUUCAGAAUUGGAUAUACCAAGGUCAUCUACAAAUGAACCAAUAUUAGUUCAUCCAAACAAGCCGAAUGUGACAGCAGAUUUUAUAUUACCAAUCAUACCACAUAUAUCAGCAAACACUCCUGAAUUAUUCCAAGUUACGCUAGAUAGCGAUAUAAAUGAGGGAGAUUGUAUAUUAGAACUUGCAGACAAAUGGACCUUUCCAACAACUAGAUUUUCGCUUUAUAAAAAGGACCAAGAAUCGACGUAUUCUUAUGAUAGAGAUUAUUCAUGUCAACUGCCACGAGAAAAUUAUGUUAGUUACAUAAUUAACCUUCCUAGAGAGUUUCUAAAAGGAGAUUCAGUUGAUAAAAAAGUAGGCGCAUUGGAUAGACCUGUUGCUCAUAUUAUGGCAACAAAAGCUCCUAAAUUAUUGCUAAGAAAAGUUUCUUCUACAAAAAAAAAUAUAACGUUACAAGUAAAGGAUAAUAGUCUUGAGAAUCAAACCUAA